AUGAAGGCAUUUCACGAGCUUGGAUUUGAAAGCUCCUCCUACAAUAAAUGCUUCCUUAUUCGCAAAGACAUGAUGAUUGUCGUUUAUGUUGACGACUGCGGUAUCAGCACUGACAAACCAGAGAAAAUCGAUGCACUUGUCAACCAGCUGAAAGAAAAGGGAUUUGAUUUGGAGAUUGAAGGCAACUUUGAAACGUUUCUUGGAGUCAAAAUUCGCCAGAUGAAGGAUGGUAGAUACCACCUCCUUCAAGAAGGGCUCAUCAAGAAGGUGCUCAAAGCCGCCAAGAUGACCGACUGCAGUCCCAAUCACGUUCCCGCUGCACCAACCCCACUAGGAAAGGACCCUAACGGAGAACCUUGGUCCCAUCAUCCCUGGCGCUACAGCUCAAUUGUUGGGAUGCUAAUCUACCUCUGCACAAAUACUUGCCCAGACAUCAGCUAUGCAGUCUCCUGUGCGGCCCGCUUCAACAGCAAUCCAAAAGUCAGCCAUGCCACCGCCGUCAAGACAAUCCUUCGUUACCUCAAGAAGACAUCCGACAAAGGGUUGAUUGUGAACUUUAAUGGGACUCUUGACCUUGACUGUUCAAAUCUGAGGCUCCAUAUGAUCCAGCAGCGUCUCGGUCUUGUGGCGGUUCUCCUGGGGCUCAAGAAUCUACUUCUCCCACGGCUCCAACUUCCAAAUUUGACCGCUUUUGUUUGCUCCAUCAUCUUUGAAGACAAUGCUGGUGCACUACUUCUCGCUACCGGUCAACAAAUCACCAAUCGCAACCGCUAUUUGAGCCAGUUCUAUCAUCAUUUCUGGUCCUUUGUCCAUCGCCCUCAAGAUGGCCCUCCUCAAAACAACCCCAAUGGUCCUUGGCAUGACGGAAAAAUCAAAGUAUCCAAGAUUACCACUGACAAGCAACGAGCAGACAUCUUCACUAAAGGUCUGACUUGA